AUGAAGGUUGACGUUGAAGUUAUCUCGAGAGAGACAAUCACUCCAUCUUCUUCAACCCCUGACCACCUGCGCAACUAUCAACUUUCAUUUCUCGAUCAAAUAUCCCCUCCAAUUUUUAUGCCUCUAGUUCUCUUCUAUCCCGUGGACGUGGAUAACAAAUACAACAGUGCAGUCAGAUCAAAUUAUUUAAAGAAGUCUCUUUCUGAGACCUUAACUCGAUUCUAUCCCUUAGCAGGACGAGUUAUCGACAACAUUUAUGUCGAUUGCAAUGAUGAGGGUGUCCCCUACGUAGAAGCUCGUGUCAACUGCCAACUCUCCGAGGUCAUUAGAAAUCCAAUCCCUGGUGAACUCAACAAGUUCCUCCCAUAUGAAUUGGAUGAUACUAAUGAUCUUGGUAUGGCCAUUCAAGUGAACUUCUUCGACUGUGGUGGCCUGGCGGUUGGUGUACUCAUAUCUCACAAGAUUGCUGAUGCUUUCUCCUUUAUCAUGUUUGUCAAUAAUUGGGCAGCCACCGCCCGUGGGGAUAGCGAUUUACAUUGUCCAAGAUUUGAAUCAGCAACGCUCUUCCCACCAAUUGAUAUAACUAGCUUCAAACCAAGUAUUGGCAUGACUAAAGAAAAUAUUGUAACAAAAAGGUUUGUUUUCAUUGCUUCUAAGAUAGCUGCUCUUAGAGACAAAUAUACUGAGAAUACAAUCAAUAAUGGUCCAAAAAGGCCAACACGAAUUGAAGCACUUUCAGCCUUCAUAUGGAGUCGUUUUAUAGCUGCCACAGGAAUAAAAGCAGACCCCAAUAAGCUCUACCUUGUGCUUCAUGCAGUAAACCUACGACCGAGGUUUGAUCCACCACUGCCUGAUUAUUCUUUCGGGAAUAUUAGUCGAAUCUCGAUAGCAGUUCCAUCCAUGGACAGUGAGGAACCAUGUUAUGGCAUCGUGAAGAAGAUGAGAGAUGCAAUACGCGGUGUCGAUUCUAAUUACGUGACAAACCUCAGGGAGGGUGACCAACACUUGAACUUUAUCAAGGAGCUAGGUGAAAAUUACACUAAAGGAGACCUGGUCUCCUUUAGCUUCACUAGUUUGUGCAGAUUCCCUCUACAUGAAGCUGAUUUUGGGUGGGGAAUGCCUAUAUGGGUGGGUUCUGCUAGCCUUACAUUUAAGAAUUUAGUUUCUUUCUUGGACACACCAUCGAGGGAUGGAAUAGAGGCAUGGGUGAACUUGGACGAGGAAGACAUGGUGAAAUUUGAAGAUGACAGAGAGUUGCGGGCAUUUGUGUCCCCAAGCCAUGGAGUUGAACAGUGA